AUGGCUGCCAACGGAGGCUCCUCCGCCGCAAAUUCCCACUCUCAGCCCACUUUCCCUCUUCAUCUCUGCUUCUUCUUCCUCAUCCUCCUCAUGUUCUUGUCCUUCUCUUGGUACUCCAAUUACGAGUCUGCCGUUGAAGGCGUCUUCGAUCAACUCAAGCUUCUUCUCAUCAUCUCGCCGCUCCUUCUCCUCCUCUUCGUCCACUGGCUCUCCAACGCCGGAAACUUUCUUCUACCGGAGAAAGACUCGCUCCACCGUGCCGGUGGGACGCCAUGGGGUGUCGGGUUCUUGUUGGUUCUUCUCCUUUUCAUGAUCUCGUACCAAUCCUACUUUCAAGAACGGUGGUUUCCUCUCUUGAGCCGGUGA